GUCUGUGCCGUUUUUCUGUUCCUGGAAGUAGGUGAGAUCCCGGUUAUUGUUCGGAUCAAGAUUUCUUGCUCGAAUGCACAGAAGAGCUCCGCUUCGUCAUUGUAUUGCUGCAAAUCGUAUUCCAGAUUAUAAGACAACCACAAGAAAAAAGAUGCGAGUGCGACUCCUCUCCCUCUGGCUGGGCAUCCGACUCCUCCUCACAAACACCCUGUUGGACCCGCAAUGCCUACUCUCAGGGUCUCACGCGAUACGACUCACCUCCUAUUUCAAUGGCAGUUUGAUGGCGGGGGGAAACGUGCCCUACCUGGCCUCCAACCGCCCCGCAAACAACUCAGCGCUAGUCUUACCGUCACAUGCGGGGCCCGCGAGCAGCCAGAACAGCAGCAUUUGGUUCUUCCCAAACGGUGUUUCCGGCGUUCCUGAAAGGCCGAGACCAGGAGACGCGGGGGGCUAUCCGUACUCCCCAUUAGGCGGGGCGCAAAGUGUUGUACCUGUCGCAGCGACGCAGCACGUAGGCUCAACUUCAACUUCACAGGAACCGAUUAUGACAACCUCUUCCAGCGCCAAUGUCCCGACACCAUCACACCAGUCAGCACCAGGGACGAGAAUAGUGAGCCCGCUGAGACAGCUGGCGAGAGGUUUGUUCUCAUUUCAGGGCCAGGAGCGGAGCAGUCUUUUAGACCUUUCGCCGUUCGCGACGACGUCGAGUCGGAACAGCAGCCGGGAAGUGGCAGACCACCAGAGCGGCGGGAUAUGAGAGAGCGCAACUCCCCCGCACUCUUUAUUAAGUAUGCAAAAAGCCAAAUCCGGUCGUUCGUGCCUUUUUUGACUGCUUGCAUGACAAAUUCCGGAAGCCCAAACAGCACAACUGCAAGCUUCGCAGGAAGUUGUCAUGCACAGGCUCUGUGUAACUGUUCUGUAAUUCGUGGGUGUAGUUCCUAUUGCUGUCUACGCCCCCCUUCAGUGAGGGGGAGGGGGAGGACUUGCACACUUUCAUACAGGAGUAGAGUCGUGCUGCGACACGAAGAUGCGAGUAGAAGCAACGCGACUCCCGUGACAAGAAGCCAAGGGCGCCCCUGCAGUAAGCCUGAUGCGCUCUUUAUGGUUUGCGCUGCCGGUCUGUCGCUUGGUGUGAGUGCCAUCUUGCGACUCGAAUGGGGCAGCGGACGCGGUCCCGCGCAGAUGUACGCCGGAGCAGUGGGAGAUACGCAGAGCGCAAGCUACGACUCCGUGUGGAACACACUGAUGAAUACCCCGGAGUUGCUACCCUGUUUGAAAAACGCCUGCCCGCGGUCGGCCGACUUCUCGUCAUGCAAGUUUGCAUGCGGAGAAAAUAAAAAGAAAUGAAAUGAUUGAAAGUGUGCAUGUGCCGAUGUCAACAUGCGAAUCUCCACAACUUCUACACCUAUGUAUAGUAGUUGUCGACAAUUUUUUUCCAAGAGCAGACUUCCCAUGAUCCUGACUCCGGCCGGGCAUCGGCACGUUUUUCCACAGGACAUUUUCGAGAAACCACCGCGGACAACGCGCUGGACCUGCUCCAGCUUGCGGCGGACCAGCCGUCGGAGGUUUAUAGCGUGUUCUGGCAGAACGUGUACCCCUACGAGGAGAUCAUGGACUUUUUCAUCGAAGCAGCCUACCGAGGGUUCGCCGAGAAAUUCCGGAACGACCCGAAAACCGGACUGCCCUACCACCGCCUGCUGGAAUCGCUGCCCUGGAAAUUUUUCCGCGAAGAGCCAGUGCCGCUGACGGGCGAGGAGUGGAGCCAGAUUUACCACGCCUGGGCCAAACAAGUGCAAAGCGCGGGUGAAAUGAUGAACGACCAGGACGAUUACUUCGAGGUCGCGGGCGAUGAUGCAGAUCGAGAAGGCGAUGCUGAACAAUUGGAGCAAGAUUUGGGAUUAGUAGUGGGACGAGGUAAAAAGUCCUUGCCCUUGUUACACGAAGAUGGAAGCAGUUCAUCGUCCCCUGGAGGUGGCGGUGGUACCAUGAACGACAGCAGUGACCACGGUAGCCGCAGCUCCACCUCCUCUUCCGUUCGGGCCUCUCCCUCUCCUGCAUUCGUCACCUCCAGCAUCGACCGUUUGCUGAUGGACAAAAUGCGCGCCUCGAAUGAAUACACGAUGAUGUACUAUGCCGCUUUAGCGCUGGAGCGGGAAAAUUCGCAGUGUUUGAAAGAACAAGAAGAUAACGUGUCGACUGCAAGUGGGGCGGUAGUUUCUGGAUCCUCUGGAAAGGAACACGAGGAAGAUGAUCGUCCCCUACUCCUGCGAUACGCAGCGAACUAUCCGCCUUCGGGUAGCGAAAAUGACGGUUCUGCACCGCGGCGUCCUCCAAAGGAGCGGCAGCCGGACUACGCGUGGUACUACCUGGCAAGCAACUGGGGCGGUUCUUCAGCGCUGAAAGAAGAUGUAUCCGGGGAAAAAGUAGCAAGGUAGCAAGAGCGUGCAGCUACGUGUGCCUCGCGCAGCUAAAGCGAUAGCGAUACGUUUUGCGAAACUACUUUAAUGCCUCAGAAAGUGAUUCAAAGGUAGCUCGUGUUGACACUGAGCUGGAGGUUGAGCUGCAUGUGUCUUAGGUAUGGUCUUUUGAAUUUUUUGCAUUGAUCAAGUGAGGGAACAUUAAAAUGAUCCGUACCUGGCCAGUGUGGAUAAAGAAGGGAGCGCGCCAGACCAGUCCCCUCUCGUGAUCCGGCUUAUGCAUAACUUUUCUUGCAAGCUGCACGUAGCCUGAAAAGUAGAAGAUGCGACGCUUUUGAAACUACUGCAUAUCAUCCGAUAAAGAACAAUUUUUUUCGAGAGAUGACGGAGAAGAUGAUAAAAAAGCACGCAUUGACGAGUCCCGAGUAUGACGAAGGUGCGGUUUGCCGCGGGUAUAGAGGAAGGAUGAGUGGCUCUGCUGCCACGACCUCCGCGGGGCCAGGUACAAGAACUGUCGAAGAAACGCCCCUGAACACAAAGAAGAAGAAGCCCUUCCUGCAAGGAGAUUCCGGCCCCAGGGACCAAAACCACGACAGCGCCGCAUUGCUGAAAACUACCAGCACCGACAGCUUUGCAGUUGCCAGGGCGUGGGAAGAGUUGAAAGAAAAAAUCGUUGAGCAGACGCGACUUCGGUACUCGGGUCUGAUUCAGGAUUUGCGGUCCGAGUGGCAGUUUUGUUGCAACGUGGGCGUGACCAUGGCGAAUUGGUUGCUCACCCGGGGGAACUACGCCUUUCAAGCCUCGGAACAAAACUGGCGGGAGCUGCGCAGGGGCGGGUCGACUCCCAAGGGCGGGGUCCCUUUGGAAACGCAAUUCCCGCUGCUGGAUCUACACGCCGAGUACUUCUAUGAAACCAUGAAGAGAAAUAGCGCUUUGUUUGACGAAGAGCGGGGAAGUAGAAGUGGAACAACACAGGGUCGUCGUGAUGAAAACGGUAAUAUGGUACAAGUACAACCACAAAUGGAUGAAGUUGCUGUGAAAACCCCCCUCGAACAGUUUAUACAAGAAGUGUACUCAUCGAAGAAGACGACCGAUGAAGUGGAUGUUGAGAGGGAAGACUUCACCGCCUUCACGGUCGUGGUCUCGUUCUACCAUUUGGGAACCGGGGCCGGCAGCACCGAAAAGUUCAUCGAGACCUUUCACCCGUAUGAACUGCAAAAGUAUCGUACUCGUAUAAAUGCAUUACAAAUUUCCUCAGCAUGAGACAGGAAAUUUGUAAUGCAGACGUACCUUAAGAAAAAGAUUGGUAAUGCAUGGUUGCAAUACGAGUGCGAUACUUUUGCACAGGAUAACCUGCCGCACGCCGCAAUGUCCGAUUUGGAUCCGAUCCUGGCGGACGAAAGUAGUUGGAAAACAACUACCGAGUCAAUAUUGGACGAGAACGACACCGCAGCGAAGGAUGUUCUUGAACAACUCGCAAAGGAAACGAGCGGCGUUUUCGACAAGACGAAGUACCCUGAUACGCUCGUGAAAUCCUGGCCCCACCUUCUCACCUUCGGCCGCGUCAAGGACCAGAUUUUCCUCUUCGACCAGUCGGCCUUUCUGGGCAUGCUCACCAAGCGCAAGCAAGGGGCGGACGCGGUGAACCCCACGCCCCAGGAGCUCUCGAGCGCUGCGGGGAGGGUGCCUUGGAAGUGGAGGCCGCGGUUGGUGCGGCUCUCAGACCAGGACUUUGCCGACAUGUUUUUGGACGACAGUGUGAAAACAUCAACAUCAACUCUGCGGCAAGAAGAAGAAGAAGUUGUACGCACAGAAGGACCUCCACAGCCCGGCAGGCUCGCGAAUUCGCUUUCGUCUUCAUCUAGCCCGGGGAAAACGUCUUUCUCCGCCCCGGUGAAUCCCUUCCUCCAAGCGCCCAUAGGCGGUAGCGCGGCCAAGCUGGAACGGUUGUGGACGUUCCUCGCCGAAAUAAACACGAUGAAGAGCAGCGAGCCGAGCAGAACUACUUUCUCUGAUUCUGCGUUAUUUUCAGAGGAAAAAAGAACAGAUGUGGAAAAAGAAAUGUGGAAAUUGGCCACCGAGGCAGCGUCGGAAGAUUUAUGCUUCAGGAAAAUUUUAAUUUUUAGUGUCUUUCGACCCGUUUGCAUGCCAGGAGAGAAUCAAAAACUUCAAUUUUUUGUCAUGUGUCUGAGUAGGCCAGUGCGCUGUCGCAGCUAGUGCGUCUGUGUAUGCAGACAAAUCGGCUCAAUAGGUACUUACAUCGUAUCGGUUUGUAUCCGAACUGGGCGAUCAAGUUUUCUUAUUAAUCCUCUUGUACUUGAAGUCGAAAACGAGAAUGUUGAUUUUCCUUGCUAUACCGCGGUUAUAUGAAGCUCCAGGAUGUGUUUGGUGUGGAGGCAAGCGCGACCGCAGUGCUUCAUGAACCCGGCGGGUCACUUGCGGAAGUGGCGAAAAAUGUGAAGAAGGUGCAGCGGCUGAAGAAAGCCUGGAAUAAGUUUGCCUGGAACGGUGUCGUACCCGAGAAAGCACUUGGGAUCACGGGGGUUGCGCUACCCUUCAUCCAGCGGAUCUACAAAAUACCAGUGUUGUCCUCGAAUAAGAGGCGCCCAAGAAAGUGACUUUUUGAAGUCCGACUCGGCGGCUUGGGUUUGCGAAAAACAUUCCAGAGAAUACAGUUCCAUUUCCCUCAAGAUUUAUCCAAACAGUUUGUCUUUGUGUUUGUGUCAGUGAAGAGGAAUAGAAGAUGAUGAUUUUGUUUUCCGAUUCGUUUCCACUUGACUUUCGGCUUGCCGGGACAUAGAAUACCUAUCUGAUUUCGGCCCCGCACAGGAAUAGUUGCGGACGGCCGGUACGGAGAAAAAAUGAAGAACGCCCUUCUCCCCUAUCUGCGAAACAUAAUUAAGUACUUUUUUUUUGGUUUUGGCGGUAACAGCAAACUUUAUUGAAAUUGAGAACAAAGAAUCAACAGGAACACACCUUUUGCGAAGAGGACUUCUUUUCUUGAGGGUCUUGACAUGGUUUAUUCUUGAGAGUACAGCAAAACCAUCGAUACAAUCGUAAGAAGAAAAAG